AUGGGCAGUCCACUGCAGCACACUACCACUGAGCUCCAUGAGCAACAGAAAAUCAGUUUCAGACUGAUCAUUGCUGAUUUGCAGACCAAGCUGAUGAAAGUGCAGUUGGAAAGAGAUGCCCUUCAGGAUGCCAGACAAAAGGAAUCCCAGAGCCAAGAAAAUAUAAAAAUACAGCUAAAAAAUACCAUGCCAGAGCUGGAAGCUGCCAGCCAGCUGCAGGAGGAGGCUGACAACCAAACUGAGCACCUGAAAAAGAUGGUACAGAGCCAUGAGGAAGUACUUCUGGAACUGCGUGGCAUCCUUAGGGACUAUGAAGACAGCACGGGCAAGAAGCUCUGUGAACAUGAGGAUAUUACUACCCUGCACAUCCACAACCUGAGCACUGCAUUUGCUGAUGUCCUGCAAGAUUUAGACUCAGAGGUGUCACACCUCAAAGCAAGGGUUGUCCUGGUGGAAGGAGAACUUGAGUCACUGAAAAAAGAUCCACAGACCCAAAACCUACUUCUGCUUCAGCAACCUCAAAAUAGGGUUGAGCAGCUAAUAAGUGAGCAUGAACAGGAGGUGGCAGCACUAACUGCUGAAUCUAACAAUGCAAGUGGUAUCCAAAGCCAGAUGCAGAUCAUUCAAGAACAAAGAAGCAGCCCAAAUGCAGUGCAUGCACAUCAGAUCAGUCACCUGGAAUCUGCAGUUUCUCACCUGGGUUCUGGAUUAGGAGAAGCUCAGAGGAUGUUUGCAGACAAGGUCAAAGAUCUUGAGAAGCAGUUGCACUUAGCUCAUUUGGAGAUUGCAGCAGCUAAGGCAGAACAGGAUCAGCACAGCCAGGAAUCUGGGAAUCUAAGUCACCAGGUUCAUCAGUUGUUGGCUGAGCUGCAGAAAAAGGAGAUAGAACUAAAUCUAGAAAAAGAGCAGAGCAGGAGAUUUUGUGAUCAGAACACAAACAACAGCAUCACCAUUGAGCAUCUAAGGAGAGAACUGGACAACAAAACCCUGCAGCUGAGGCAGAUGGAGAGCAGGGUGAUGGAGAGGAGGGCUGAGUGUCAGAGGCAGCUGGAGCUCCAAGUGGCUGCAAUUAAGGAAAAAAAAGAAAGCAUUAGCAAGAUCUCCUCUUUGACUCUCCAGCUGGAGUCAGCCAAGGAUACACUCCAUAAAGUUCAAGAAGAUCUUGCAGCCAAACAGAUGAGUUUGGAGACUGCUGAGAAAACAGUGUCAGAUCUGACAGCUCAGCUGCAGGAGAAAGAGAGAGCCCUUGAGGUUACCAACAGGGAAACUGAGAAGCUCCAUUCAGAACUCAGCAGAAGGAUGCAGGAGCUCCAGCAUCUGAAGAAAGAAGAGGUCUGUUUGCACACUGUGCAGUCAGAGUGUGGGACACUGAAACUGCAGCUGCUGGAGAAGCAAAGGAUUAUUGAGAUUUUCCAAAACCAAAUGGCUAACAUCACCCAGCUUGUGGGGCACCACAGUCGAGCUGCUGGAGCAAUGGAAGUUGAGAAAUCUCAGCUUAUAAAAGAAAUAAAUGGCUGGAAACUUGAAGCAGAAGGACUUAAGGUUGCAAAGGAUGAGACAGAAGCCAGACUACAUGAAGUGGAGGCCAGACUGAGUGGGCUGGAACUAGAAAAGGUUCAACUGGUGAACACAUGCAGUGAGAGGCUUCAUGCACUUCAUGCUAUGAAGCUGGAAAAAGAUCAGCUAAUGAAGGAGCUCCAGGCUGGUCGGAGUGAGCUGGCUGGUCUGGCAGAGGCAUUUGAAGAUGUGAAGAGGGAUUAUCUGGACAAAAUCAGGGAGGUGGAAAACAAUGCAAACAGAUUGAAGAUGAAAUUGAAAUCUGCCCAAGCUGAACUGGAACAGACCAGGACUGCUCUGAAGACUGUGGAGGGAUCUGAUGGGCAUGCUAUGAAAGUUGCAGUGGGAAUGCAGAAGGAGAUCACAGCCAAGAGAGGACAGAUAGAUGCAUUAAAGAGCAAGAUUAAAUUCUUGGAAGAGGCAAUGACAAAUGCAGCUAAGGAGAAGCAUUACCUCAGAGAAGAAAACAGUAAAGUCAGGCAAGAAUUGAGUUACAUGACAGCAGAAAACAGUAAGAUUGUUGGGGAACUGGAACUCCUGAGAUCACAAGACAAACGUGUGAAAGAAAAAAUAUCUAAGAUGGAGACAGCUCUUGAUAAGGCAUCCAUGCAGUUUGCAGAGUAUCAGUGCAUCAUCCAGUGUCAGGAACAAGAAGCUGUGCUCUUCAGGCUGCAGCAUACUUUAAAUUUAAAAGAGCUGCAGGGCCCAGGCUGCUCAUCAGCUGCUGCUCCAGGCAAGCUGCAGCACUCUGUGUCUCUCUGCUGCCUGCAUCCCAAUGUCCUGCCACCUCCCCUCACCUGGCCCAGCUGCCUCCCUCCUGUGAGUACCUCCACAUCAUCAGUGAGCAGAAGGCAGGAGAUGAAGAUAGAGAAAGCAGAGGAGGAGAACAAGCUGUGA